AUGCAAUCGAGCUUACCUCAAUUUACGUUCAAAUGGCCCAAAGGACCCGAAGCAAUUAUUCUGACAGGCACGUUCGACGACUGGAAAGGUACUUUGCCGAUGGUGAAGGACCCCAGUGGCGCCUUCGAAAUAACGCUGCCAGUAACGUUUGAUAGCCCUAGCAGCAAGUUUUAUUUCAAGUUUAUUGUUGAUGGCCAAUGGCUGCCAAGCAAAGACUACAAGGUGAACAUCGACGAGGGAGUGGAAAACAACUUUAUUACCGAGGAAGACGUAAUAAAGCAACGCGAAAAUGGCUCUAGCACGCUGGUACCUGAAAGUGCCGGAUUAGCUGUUUCAAAGAAUGCCCCUCUUAUCGAACCAGAAGCUGAAAAACGUGCAAAAAAAUUAAGAAAGUUCAAGAUCAAGAGAGUGAUCAAGACAAAUAAACAAACCGGAGAAAGGUCGAUAUUUUCCCAAGAAGUGGUUGAAUUGCCCGAUAGCGAGGAUGAAACCCAGCAGGUGAACAAAACGGGCAAGAAUGCGGAUGGCUUAAGCGGUACUACAACGAUAAUUGAGAAUAAUGUUGGUGUAAACGAGGAAAAAGCAAUCAAGCCGUAUGAAGAGAAUCACCCCAAAGUUAAUCUAGUUAAGAGUGAAGGAUAUGUUACGGACGGUUUGGGUAAGACGCAAUCUUCUGAGUCUAGAUUAUAUGAACUAUCGGCCGAAGAUCUUGAAAAGGAAGAAGAGGAAGAGGACGAAGAUAAAGGCGGCGGUAAGGACACCAGUACAAGUGCAGACGCUGAAGCUUCAGAAGAUCAAAAUAAGGAACCAUUAAGUAAAUCCGCUAAAUUUGAAAAACCGGAAGAAAAAGUACCUGUAAGCUCAAUUACAAGCCAUGCUAAAGAGACUUCUGUGAAACCAACCGGCAAGGUUGCGACUGAGACUCAAACUUACGAGACGAAACAGGGCGCUCCUACCGCUGCCGCAAAAAAAAUCGAAGCUAAGAAAGCUACUAGACCUUCGAAACCUAAGGGCACGAAAGAAACACCAAAUAAAGGUGUCCAAAAGAACCCUGCUAAGAAUGGAGGGUUCUUUAAAAAGUUGGCCCAGCUUUUGAAGUGA